GUGUAUGAACGGUAAUAUAAAACCAACUCAGUUGUUUUUAAUUUUUUAACCCACCUUAUCAGUGUUUGACAGUGGAGUAGAGAAAGUGCUCAGUGAGGGUGUAAAGUGUUGGGGAUUGGGCAGCAUACCCUGACUCCUCUAAUCUGUCCAAAUAAACACUCUUCCUCCCUCCCCCUGGUUCCAGGGGUUAUCACAGAAACCCUCCACUGCUCCCCUGCCCAGACACUAACAGCAGCCUUUAACACAGCCCAGCCUUCUUUCUGUGUCUUCACAUUCGAGGCAACACAGGAUACACUCUCUCUCUCACACACACACACACACAUGCGUACACUCGGAACCACUUGCGCAUUCAAUCAUAUCUCAAACUGGAGUCGGGGUGAGGAAACAGAAUGUCAGGGAAGGAAGCGCUGAAGCCAGUGGGAAAGCAGAAUUUGCCUCAAGUCUGCAGAGUUCUUUUUUCAUCCACCCUACAGGAGGUCUCAAGGAGAAGUUUGGAUUCAUAAAAGUGAGAAAAUAGCUGUUGAUAUUUUUGGAAAUAGGCCAGCACACAAUAGAAUUUAAGAUUCAGUUAAGUAGUAGGAACUUCACUCGGAUCCCACUCUCAAUAUCUGGGGGUUUCAAACAGGGGAGACGUACAUCAGGAGGGAAUUCUUGAAAUUCUCUUUGUCUCUGACCACUCACCGCUCUCAAGGUCUUCCAGAAUCUCAUCAUCUGCUGCCACCAUAGAGCCGCAGGAGGACACAUCCUCAGGAUAUAGCACACAUUGACCACAAGCAAAGAUGAGUCUGUCGCGGAACGGGACGCUGGAGAAGACUGAGCAGGCCCAUUCUGAGCUGGGCUCCCCCCCCAGAGUGGGCGCAGGGGUCGUGGUGCCGCCCCCGUACUCUCUGGGGGGCAGCGACACCGUCGACACCCCACUGGAGUUGAGGGGCUCUCUGGACUGCUGGGCGUGUUCUGUGCUGGUCACUGCACAGAAUAUGAUCAUAGCACUGAUCAACGGCGGGCUGGCCAGCAUCAUCUUUGGCACCAUCCUCACCCCUGCUCUUGCCAUGAUCAUAUUUGGCUUCCUCUGCCACUCCACGGUGCAGCCCCAUGGCACAUCUCUAUACUGCUCAGACAUGCUGGACGACGCCGGCUGCGUGGCUCUGCUGGUGGUGGGAUUUCUGCUGCUCACCCCUCUGCUGGUUCUGGCACUCGCCGCCUACUGUCGCCUGGCCCGCCACCUCCAGCUGGGAAUGUGUUUCAUUCCUUACAGCCGCGCUGUCUACAAGAACCUUCCUGCCUCUCGCCACCGGAGGGCUGACGCAGGAGGCUGCUGUAGCCGGCAGGGCACUUCAGAGCAGGAGGGAAAGGGCAGUGUAUGGGUGUAGGAGAGGAGAGGAGAGGAGAGGAGAGGAGAGGAGGAUUGUGUAUGAGUGUUAGUGUAUCUCUUUUUAAAGAUGAGCGUUGGGUUGUUUGAGUCUGGGUAUGUUUUAUGCACAUUAGCAUAGUGUUCUUCUAUUUCUAAAGCCAUUGCAAACAGCCAACAUAUUUCAUGAUUUAUAGUGAUUGUUUGGAGGUCAAUGUUGUUUUUUAUAUGCUAUUUCAAUGUUUUGAUUGUAUUUUAUACCUUCUUUUUACAAUAAAGUGUCACUCGAC